AUGGCCACCGCCAUGGCUACGCGGGAAGAGGCCCAAAACGAGGGCAGUGGCCAAGGCCCCCCUCGCAACUGGGCGGUUGAGCCGCCCCGCAGUGCCAAGUCCAUCUUCCACAAGUUCACCGGCACAGGAACCUUCAUGCGACCCACCACCGCACCUACAAUUACUCGAUUUGAUCCGGUGCCGGGAUUGCCGAACUUGGUGCAAGGUGUGCCAGCUAGCCCUCGUGGCAAGCGGCUUGUUCCUGGUGCGCACAGGAUGCCUGUGAUCCCGGUGAAGGGUGCGACUCCCAGCGGGCCGUGGGCGGAGUGCCGCGGAGCACCUUCACACGAACGGAUGCGGCGAGCAGCGUGGCCUCGACAAGGCACAGAGAACUCCCUGAUGUACCGGAAUCCCUUGGAAAGAAGAGCUGCGCAUGAUGGCUGGGGAGAGGAGGAGGCAGCAAAGCGGGAACCAGGAUUACAGGUAAUGUGUGACACCAGCCACACUCGCAAAGACCCAGAAGCGACGGCAGUUCUGCCACCGCCCAUGGUGGGAGCACGAUUUUCGAAGCACCGCGAACGGCCCGCAGACGAAGUGCCUAGGCGAGUUGCGACUUACUUGUCAAUCGCGGCAGCUGAGUCGAACAGCAGCUUGCUAUCAGCAGUCUUAUCGAAAACACAACCUGCAAUAACAUACGUGUCCUUCCUCAUCUGCUGGGGCGCAGCAGAGCUGGCAGGUUCCGGAAACAAGGUGGUCAGCUCUUCAAAAGCAUCACACAGCCAGGAGCUGAACAGGCGUAAGCACUUAAUUCAGGGCUGGGCUCUCAUGGAGUAUGGUGACCGCUGCAAGGAGCCGCUGGCAGCCUGGUCAUCAUCUUCCGAUGAGAACGGAUGCCUUUUAGGUGGUAGCAAACAGUGCCUCGACGAAGGCAACAGAAGAAGAGGUGAUACUAAUUCGCUUGCACACAGGGAUGGCCAGUCACCGCAAAGCCGUGUGCCUGCAGCGGUGUGCUACGCCUUGUCAGGCCUCAUGAUACUGACGCUCCUAACACUCAACGUCGUUUUGGAUCAGUCAGCCAAAGGAGGGCGUAGCAACUCCGGAGCGCAACAUCGCGUCAACCCCGAGAAAUUUCUCGCAUCCGGACUUGUGCUGGAGGACGAGGCGAGUUCCCAUGGCGUUGUCAAGAAGGACAUUGUCGUUGGUGUUGGUGAGGGUGACACGCCCACAGUGGUCACCGAGAACUGUGUCUGGCACUCCUGUGGCAUGAAUACCGUCUGCAGGCUGUCGGCAGAUGACGCCACAGUUGACGGUGACAAGACGGUCAAUGCAACAAAUGCAAGCCAUCUGGAGGAAUGUAAGCAGAAAUGCGAGCGACUUGGCGAGGACAAUUGUACCGGAGUCGAGUACAACAACAAGUCACGCAGGUGCGAGCUGUGGACACGGCCCAUCCUUUCGCAUCGCAGCUGCCUAACUGGCCACGACUGCCCAGAGGCAAACUAUUCGUGUCACACCAUGCAGUGCAAGGCCAUUGACCACCCUGUGCGGCUGCAAACGUCCGAGCGCAGCUUCCAGGACAGUUUCGGAAGGAGCAUUGGAAUAUCAGGUGACACUGUGGUAGUCGGCGCUCCUGGCGACAACGAUCGUGGGGACGAUAGCGGGGCUGCUUACGUAUUUGUCCGCAAAGCGAACACUUUUGUGGAGCAGGCAAAACUGACGGCUGACGAUGGUUUUCGAAACUCGUUCUUUGGCAACAGCGUUAGCAUUGCGGGUGGCAGAAUUUUGGUGGGUGCCUACCGCGAUGGUUUGAAUGGGAAGAAGGACAGUGGCUCGGCCUACGUAUUUCGCCGGGCGUUCGACGUCUGGGAACAGGAAGCCAAGCUGUCUCCAGAGGACGCCGUGGAGAACGAGCGAUUCGGCUCCAGGGUCGGCCUUUUUGGAGACAUGGCGGUUGUCACGUCUGCCGGGAAUGCCGCGAAGAAUGCGUCUGCUGCAAUCUAUCUUUUUCACGUAAAAGGCAAAGACUGGGUCCUGAAGGCAAAACUGGCACCUCCCCAAAACUUGAAGAAUAGCUCCAAAUUUGGGACCAGCCUCAGCCAGAGCAAGACCACCAUCAUGAUUGGGGCCGAAGAGGACGAUACCGUUGGCAAGGCCAGCGGAGCGGUUUAUGUGUAUAGUUUCAAUGGAACGAACUGGUCUCAACCAACCAGACUUGUGGCGAAUGACACAGCAGCAGGAGAUCACUUCGGCUGCAGCGUUAGCUUGUCAGAGUCCGGGAAGACUUGCCUGGUCGGUGCUUAUGGCCACCGUUCCAGGGGAAAGGGCAGCGGAGCAGCCUAUGUUUUCAAGCGACAUGGGGGGCAGUGGGUGCAGCAGCAGCAGUUGGUUCCCGAGGAUCUUGAUGCAGACGACGGGUUCGGAAAGAGCGUCAGCACUUCUGAUUCUACGGCAGCCAUUGGAGCCUUUGGGGACGAGCACGGAGGAGUUGACCGAAGCGGUUCGGCAUACAUCUUCGUUCAUGCAGGUCAUAAGUGGGUGCAGCAGAGCAAGCUGGCGCCACAGAAGGCCGAAGCAGGUGCCGAAUUUGGCAGCGUCGCCAGCAUAUCUGGGCACAUGGCAACUUUCUCCAGUGCUGAGCAGGUGUUCGUCUUCCCGGCAUAUCUCACCCAGGUUUGUCCCUCAACAUAG